CGGUUACGAUUGCAUCAACUCGUUUUGGAUCCCAAAUAAGUCUUUCAUUAGAUUUGUGUCAACUCUUGUGUCCAAACGGUGUGAUUGUCUUCAAUGUUGAAGAGGUAUCCGAAAGACGAGACAUUCAAGUGGUCUAAAGUAUUCAAAGGCGUGAUAUAUGUCGAGGCAGUGAUUCUCGUCUCCUCUUUCUAUCUCUACCGCAAACUAUGUCGCGACCAAAACUUCAGAUAUAGGUGUUAUCAAAAUCACGGCUUUAUACUCGAAGGCUUUUACAACAUGAUGGACAUCGUUGGGUACGACCAAUACAGACAAGUCGAUUACAACACAUGGGGUGUGCCCUUAGAUGAUACCAAGACGAAGAACAAUUGAUCCCUUGUUUCUCGACACUUGUUUUUAUGUGAAUUUGUUUUUAAAAUAGACUUUAGUUUUUGAAAUUAUACAAAAUGAACGAAAAUCUUAUAAAACGCGAAGAUUUGAGACAAUCGAUGGUUGAGGAGAAGAGGAGAGACAAAGAAUUGAAUAAAAUUGAUUCCGAAAGCAGUGAUUAUGUGAUGAAAGAAAUCAAUGAAUUAAAGACAAUAAUUGAGACAAAACUCGAUGUUUUGGAUCAAAUGAAAGGAACCGAUGAAUUGGAGAACAGUUUAAAAGAGUUAAAUUCCGAUUACGAAAAACUCAAUCAAUUGAUUAGCGAUUCUGUCCUCUAUUUAGCCAAAUAUAAUCUCAAAUCGUCUCAAACUCUGCUCAACACUAUUCGCAGCAAAAUUGAGGCCAAAAAGGAUUUAUUGGUUCCGAAAUCAAAGUUUUCUUUCAAAUCUUCGUUCAAACGAAAUACGAAAAGCAAUGAAAAUAAUGUUUCGUCGAAAACACAAUUACAAUCGAUGGACGAAAUCGAUUCAUCCAGAGUUGAGUUCCCAUCCGUUCAGUUUAUAGGCUUUAAGAAUAUGAGUGAUUGUCAGCAAACACUAGUUAUGACACCUGAAGAGUCCACGACUAAAGACUUACAACUCGAGCAAUUGGCCAAUUGUCGGGUCGAGAUCUUCGGCGCUCCUAAUGCUCUAAAGAUCAACGGUUUGUCAAACUGUAGUGUGUUUUGCGGACCAAUCACUACAUCUAUAUUGAUAGCCAACUGCAAGGACUGUGUGUUCAAAGUGGCGUCACAACAAUUGCGGAUUCAUUCCUCUUCGGAUUGUAAGAUGUAUUUACACGUCACGAGUCGUGCCAUUAUUGAAGACUCGACCAAAAUUGGUUUCGCGCCCUACGACUGGACGUAUGACCACAUUCUUCAACACUUUAAUACCGCAAACUUAGACAUCAAAUGCAAUAAUUGGAGACAAAUCGAUGACUUUGACUGUUUGGCCGCUUCUGACAAGCCUUCGGACAA